AUGGCAGGACGAGUCGUGCUAAUCACGGGCGCGGCACAGGGGCUUGGACUUGCAACGGCCCGCCUCGCUGCAGCGUGUGGCGCCUCUGGCGUCUGCCUUGUCGACCGCGACGGCGACAAGGGCGCGGCGGCCGCGGCGGAGCUGUCGGAGAGCUGCGAGUGCCUGUUUGUGCGGUGCGACGUCAAAUCGCCGGCCGAGAUCUCGGCGGCGGUGGAGGCGGCCGACGCUAGAUUCGGGCGCAUCGACGCCCUGGUGAACGCUGCGGGCGACACGCGGCGAGCGGAGAUCGACGAGACGACGGCGGCGCUCUGGGACGAGCUGCACGCCGUCAACCUGCGGGCGCCCUUCCUCUUCACGCAGGCCGUCGCGCGCAUCAUGCGGCGCCAAGGACGAGGCGGCGCGAUCGUCAACGUCGCCUCGGUCCAGGCCAACGGCGGCCUGACCUCUUGCAUGGCGUACGCGGCGUCCAAAGGCGGCCUCCUCACGCUGACGCGCAACAACGCGGCGGCCCUCGGCCGCGACGGGAUUCGGGUCAACGCCCUGAACAUGGGCUGGUGCUCGACCGCCAACGAGCACGCGCUGCAGCUCUCCCUCGGCCAGGGAGAGGAUUGGCUCAAGCAGGCGGACAGGGCCUCCACGCUUGGGCGAAUCUGCAGGCCGGAGGACGUCGCCAGCGCCAUCCUCUUCCUGCUGUCGGGGGCGCACACCACGGGGUCGGUGCUGGAAUUGCACCCCGAGCACAUCCCCGGCAUGCUCGGCGCGGGGAUUGGCAAGGCCAAGUAG